AUUUAGGGUGAGAAUUUUUAAAAUCCUUUUUGGUGAAAGAUAUUUUUCCAGCCAAAUUAAUUGUAUCAUCAAUGCACAACUUUAAAAUCACAUUAAAAAUAACAAUUAAAAGAAGCCCAUUUAAAAUUAGUGGCUUAGUGUGAGGAGAAUUUUUUGGGUGGUAGGAUAGAUUUUAAAAUUUGUUUUAGUGGGGGAUAAUUUUUUAUUUGCAUAAUAUUUUUUAUUUCCAAUGCAGCAGGCGAUAUAGACAUUAUCCUAACGCCGUACAGAGAUCAAAAGAAAAGAAAAAUACAAAAACAGAAAUAUAUGAAAUAUACAAAAUACAAGAACAAAAGCAAAACAUCAGACACAAAAAUUAAAUCGAGAACUUAAAUUGAACAAAAAUUCUCUGGCCUCCCAGUAUCGGGAGUAGAUGCAGUUCUUUGUGAAAACUGAACAGUUAAGAAGAUGUUCAGCAUUCAUCGUCACACCACUGUGGCAGAGGGGACAGGCAGGAUUAUCCACUAUUUUAAGACGGGAAAGAUGGGCCUAUAAGCAAUCGUGCUUGGUAGCAAGAUGAAAGGCAGCUACAGCACUGCUUCUUGGGCAAUCGGGGAGAUUAAGGAUGUCAUUUCCCUACGAUUUUUCUUUUGUCCGUUCUUUUAGCAAUGAUAUAUGUGUUGUCUUAAUUGUAUGAUUAAUCAUUAACAAAGUGGAUUUAUAGCUAGCCAAGUUAUUUGGGGCUUUAUUAACAAAGCAACCUUUUUUGGCCAGUGUAUCAGCUUUUUCGUUGCCGGGGAUACCACAGUGGGAUUUGCGUAAUAAGAAAAGCGCAUUUUUGACCGGUGGACCCCGAGAAGAAUAUUUCUUAAAACUUUUUUUGAUGAGGUUAUUAUUUGAAUUAUUUUUAUUCCAUUUUUAUUGUAUUCAAAAAAUAUGUUAGAGUUCCCAAAAAAAUCUGAAUAUUUAAGCAACAAAUCCUUAUUUCUUGUGACUGCAAUAUUAACAAGUCUUCUAUCAAAGAAAGUGGAAUUGAUACAUUUCUCUAUAUUAAGAGUUAAACUUUUUAAUUUUGGCAGAAUUAAAUUCCUUGGUACCAGUUUUGAAAGUAAUUCCAAGAUUGGUGGCGUGAAGAAUAAAAACAGUUCAAAAAAAGAUUUUCCCGAUUAUGAUGAGGAGGUAUCAUUACAGGCAAGACAGAGGCUGGUGAAUUUUAAAAGUUGAAUGCUGUUUUAGUUCUGUUUAAAUUCCACAAGCAGGAAAACUUCACCUUUAAUCAAACAAGAUGCCUAAGCGAAGCAACCCGUGGACGUACAAAAAAAGGAAAAGACCCAAAAAGUCUACAAAUACUUCAGAACAAGAGGCAAUGAAUCAAACCGAUGAAUCUACUUCAUUAAAUUCUGCUCAAUGUAGUGAGGAUCAACCCAAUCUGGUAUCGAAUCCACCAAAAACAAACGAGAUAAAACAAGAAGAAGUACACAUUCCACGUUCUUCUGUGCCAUUUAAAAGACAAUCCAAUGCUUUAAUAGCUUCUUUUGGACUGUUGGAUCCUCAAAAACCAUCAGAUGACCCACCUGUAAAAAUAAAAGUUGAACCUCUUAAUGAUGUGUCAAACGAAACUUCUUCAGAGGUUGUGGAAGAUGAUGACAUUGAAACUAUAGGUGCCUUUGUACCUGUAAAGAAAUUCAAGACGUUAAAUUUUGAACCAGUAGACACAGCUGAAGAUAUUAUUAUUGUUGGUGAAUGCAUCGUUGAAAAGGAGGAGGAGGAUUUAUUGCAUGUUUUCAACAAUAUUACUGAGAGUGUGGAAGAUGUUAUCGUAGAUAACCCCGGUGAUGGUGUUCAAAAAGAAGAAUUGUGCGAUACUGCUCCAUCAUCACCUGUGUCAGCAGAUGUAGAAGCUCCUUAUCAAAUAAGUCCUGAAGAGCUAGAACUUAUGAAGCUUUCACUGGCCGAACCUAGUAUGUCACCUCAUAAUGAUGAAAUAAUUUCCGAGGACACUUUUAAUUCAUUUGAGGGAAAUUUUGUUGGUUUUAAUAAUUUAAAGACUCUUGAUUUUGAUAAGAUUCAGUUAGUUGACAUUUACAACUGUUCUCAAAUUUUAACCACUGUACAGAACGUGCUGGAAAAUUUUAAAAAUAAAGUUUCAGAAGAUGGUAGUUUUGAAGACUCCAUCACAACAUCUAUACGACAGUAUAACUCUCCGUGCAAAAGUAUACUGAACUUAAAUCCUGUGGUACACAGUCAGGAGUUGAAUAAUUCAGUUAUUCCACCUCCUUCUUUUGCCCCAAUUCGUUGCAUAUCACCUCCACUUAAAACAAUGCCUUGUGUUUCAAGUGCACCAUCUGUUUUUAAUAAUCGUCAAUACGCUCGAGAUGUCUUCCUAAAAGACUUAAAUGAUAGUCCUCGUUCCUCACCUCCUUCAAUUGAAUCAAACAUUGUACCAGAGUGUCCAACGCAACCUCAUACUAUAAUUGAAAAUGACAUUGAUAAGCUCCUAAAUAGCCUGAAACCUACAAUGGAAUUUCUACAGUCAAAAAACUUUGACAAUGGUUCGAUAAAAUCAAAAAUUCAAUCUUUACCAAGCAAAAAUGACUUAGAUGCAAGAAAUAAAACUAUUCAGCUUGAAGGAACAUCAAAUACUUUCAAUCAAAAAAAUAACCUUUCAGUUACAGAACAACUUCAAACAUUUCCUUUCACUCUUACAACCGCAGCUAUUUUUCCCCCAUUACUAGGCACAACCAUUCACCCCCCUUUACCAGACCCAGUCAAUCUUCCUCCUUUACCAGACACAGUCAAUCUUCCUCCUUUACCAGACCCAGUCAAUCUUCCUCCUUUACCAACCACAACUCCACCAAUACCAGAUGCAAUCAGUCCCUUAACUGCUAACAUCAACAAGAAUCAAAUUAAUAUGGAUAUAGAGCCUCAAACCUCAGUUAGUUGUGGCGAAAAGAAUUAUUCUUUACUACGACAACCUCAAACUUCUGUAUUUGCCAAUGAGAAUCCAAAUUUGCCCAAAAGAGUAUCAAUAACAAAUUAUGAAGCACAGUCUCUAAAUGAAAAUACGUUGAGGAAACGAAGUUAUCCUGAUUUUGAUAAUUGUGAAUCUUCAUUGUCUCCCUCAAGUCAGAUUGAUGCCACUAAUAAUUCGUUUCCGUCUGAUCCCAGAAAAAAUCGUAAAAAUAGUGCCGAAAUACCCGACAAAAGCUGCGUUGAAAUACCCCAUAAAGUGCCAAGGCAUGGUGCUUCUUCUUCUGGAAAGCCUUCGCAAUUAACAACUGAGAGAAUAAGAAAUCCAGGAUACUUAUUUAAAGAUGCAAUAGCAGGAAUUAAAACCAAUCAAAUUCAGAUAAACAGGCAGCAUGCCACACAUAAUAGAACAGAUGUUGGGAGACAUUCCGAGGAGAUAAGAAAGAAAAAAAUAGAUUUCAAAGAUUACUUAAAUAGAAAGUCAUCUAAUAGUGAUAAAGAGUCGAGAUUGAAAGCGCAACUAGCUGUUCCAAAUAAUAGUUCACUGGGAGAGUUAAAUAAGCGUUCUGUGAUGGACCCAAUACCUCAUACAAUGAAUGAUACAAUUAUUGGUAGACCUAUAGAAGUUGUUACUAGAAGGUUUAGUUCGGAAAAUGAUCCUAGAAGUUCUAGUUCUGUUCAAAACAACCUCAUGUUAAGAAACUCAAAUACUAGUCUUUCAAACAUACCAUCUAAUGUGAAAAUUUCUGCGAAUCCAAAUUCUUUUUAUGGUAAUCCUAUACCAGUACUUAGUGAGAAGCGUAGCUCAGAAUAUUUAUCUGAUUCAAGAAGCAACUUAAUUGGUAGUUCCAGUCCUUACGAAUGUAUGCCUUCACCGUCAUAUAAUGACAUAGGCUCAAACAAUCCCUCUACAUCAAGCCGUCCUCAUCAAAAAACUCCAUUAAAUCGUUUCCCUCUUAAUGACCCAAAUCAACCCAUUCCAAUGCAAAGUGAUAUAUGUAGGUUCGAUCCCAAUUAUAAUGCUUUUAAUAAUAUUUCUAUACAAACUAUACCGUCUCUUGGAAAAAAUGUGCGAGAAAAUGCAAGGAUUCCCUUUCUUCCGACACCCCUUCUUCCGACACCUCUUCUUCCGGCACCCCUUCUUCCGACACCUCUUCUUCCGGCGCCCCUUCUUCCGACACCCUUUUUACUGAGUCGGGCUAUAAUAUCACCUCAAAUUGCAGCAGCUGCGUCGCCUAUUUACUCCAGUAACAGUCCAACACUCGUGCAUUACCCAUCCCGAUCUUCCCCAGCCGUGCAAUCGCCUGCACCAGUCGACUUGGUGUCGAAUCCCGCUUCUCGUGACGCUAAUACAACUGGCAGUUAUCGAUUAAAUCAAAGGAAUUUUGCUUGUUUGGUACCAGAAUCUGUGAAGGAAGAUAUUGGCAAGACCUACGUUCAAAGUCAAUUUGUUUAUUUGAUUAUGAUCUCGUGGUCUUAUGAUUGGCUAUCAGAAUUUGAAAGGCAACUUAAGCCAGAACUUAAUCUACCACCCAUACUGCCCAAAUCAGUUGAACUCUCUCAAGUACGCAAUACGUACAGUGAUGAGCGCGAGUAUUAUAACACUUAUUUUAAACUUCUGUUGUUCGAAUCUUGGUUUAAACUUUAUGAAGCGUGGAAAAAUAAUCAAAGAUGUGUAUUCCAGGGAAAGAUUAGCGAUUAUGAACAAAAAAACGAAUUUAACAAGUAUCUCAUUGAAUGUUUUGUGCCAUCUACACACAUUGAAACCCUGCCGAAAGAAAGCUGCAUAGUUCUCGUUACUUUCAAGUCCCUGGGAAACUCUGCUAUAAAGAUGUUGGGCUACGUCACGAAAUCGAUGAACCGUCAAUUCGCAGCAACCCAUGACGGCGAACAUGAAGCUUAUAAAGCACUAGGCGUUACAGAAAAUACAGGUAUCUACAAAUUCAAAAUAACCAUCUACACCGCGUUCAAAGUAGACGAUAUAAACGACAGAGAACUGAUUUCGUUCCAGCAUUUGUUAAAUGUCAGGAAGAUCCUUCAGCAGAAUGAUGCUUUAAUGAAUUUGUCCAAGUCAACUUUGAGUGACGCUGUACUCUCUCCUAUUACUUCACCAAACAAGUUUAGCGCUUCCAUUCCUAAAGAAGGCAUGGAUUAUGUUAGUGUCAUGGACCAGGUGUGUAAACGCGUCACUGAUCAAGUUCCGUUGCUAGCAAUGGUCCAUGCGGAGUUUUCACUGACCUGGGAGAGGAUGACAGCCGUGUCUUAUCUGAUUAAAAAACUCCAGGAGAAGCAGCCGGAUGCCAAAGUAAUUAUUUGCUCCAAGUCUGAAAACUCAUUGUCAGACAUCGCUAUGUGUCUUAAACAGCAUAACCCAGUGUAUAUUAACACGGACAGAAUCUCUGAUUUAAGAAAGUAUUCCUUGGCGAAAUUAACGGAUAAAAACAAGUCAAUAUUUAGGAAUACAGAGACUGAUGAGGCGAAAGUUGAAAGAAUGGCUAGGAAUCACGUACUCGCCACAAGUGAUGUGAUUUUAGUACUGUUGUUGGGACUUGAAAAUGAUGACUGUUCCGUUAUGAAGUUGGUUAAAGAGUUUAAUAUUGCUUGCUGCAUCCUAGAUGAAGCCCAUAUGUGUAAUGAACCCGAAUCCAUCAUUCCACUUACUUACGGAAUCAAAAAAUAUGUCUUGUUGGGGAACAAAAAUUUACUCUGCAAUGUUUCACCCUAUACUAUUACCUAUGAUUACAACCGGUCACUGUUAAACAGAGCUUCAUUAUAAAUUUUCUUUCAUUUGUUCAUUGUAUUUGUUUGUGAAUUAAAGAAUCAUUCGCUUA